GGUGAUGGAAAUAAUAAUAAUAAUAAAUUUUAUUUGGUUACAUACAGCGGCCCAAUGAUUCCUGGCCAUGAAAGCCUUCGACAAUAAUAAUAUAUAUUUCCUGACAUAAUAAUAUGUAAUUGUUCGACAAAAAUCACACUCUGAUGAUGGAAAUAAUAAUAAUAAAAAUAAUAUAUAUAUAUAUUAAAAAAAAUGCCUGCACUAAACUGAUGGAAAAUCGACCUAUAGUAGCAAUAGAAUGAAUGGAGGGCUUGAUCUAUACUGCGCAUGCCUAUUAAGGAGGAAGAGUAGGCGUGGCUUCUAUGUGGGAGGGGGCGUGGCUUCGUUGCCAUGACACCACUUUCCGGAGGCCUGAAGAGAGGAGAGCAGGCCGCGUUGCCAUGGUUCCCGCGGCCUUCCAAUUUGUUCCUGGCGUCGCCGGAGCGAUCCCACCUAGAAGAGAUCCGGCUGCAGCUCAAAGAAGAGGGGGCCGACCCUGCGGCCCCCGUGGACGAGCAGCUCCGUUCCGUGUGGAGGUUGUUCCUAUGCGGACAAGAGGAGCUACAAUCCACCGCCAUCGAGUUGGAGAAGCUCCGCCAGGAGCAAGCAGAGGAGAUGCGAGAGGUGGAGAUGUACGUGGGCCACGUCCGGAGCCUGGCCGAGGCCCGAGAUGCUCUGCUGACCAGAUGCGAACGGGAGAACGAACAGCUCCGGAUGGAGGUCACCCUGUUGCGACUGGAACAAGGAAAUCCUGAGCGCACUAUUCCACUGGACCAAGACCUCUCUCCACACCAGAAGAUGCCCGAUUCGGAAGAAGAAGCGUCCGCCAACCCUGAACAUGCCCCGGCCCUUCAUCAAAGGUGCCGUCAGGCGCUGUCCGGGGUGGAGGGCCAGAACGUGGAGCUGCGCCACCGUCUCUCCCGUCUGGAGAAGGAGCACGAGGAGCUGGUGGAGCGCAACGAGGAGCUGGAGUCCCUCCUGGGGGAGACCCAGAACCAGACCCGGGAGGAGCGCCAGCAGGCCGAGUGCCAGGUGGACGGGCUCCACAGGAAGAUCUCUCACUUGGAGGCCGAGUUGUGCCAAGUCCAGAAGGCCAAGUCGGAAGGGAGCCUUCGAGAGGGGACCAAGGAAGAGGUGGGCCUUCUGGAAAGCAAGCUCCUGGAGGAGAGGGAGUGGAGGAAGCGGCUCAGCACAGACCUGGAGGCCACGCAGAAGGCCCUCAAGGAGGAGAAAAAGGAGCUGCAGAAUUCGAAGUCAGAGCUCGUGAGGCUUUACGGGGAGAUCCAGGCGCUUCGGGGUGCGGCGGAAGAGAGAGAUUUCCUGCGCGAGAAGCUGCAACAGGAGAAUGCUCCACUACAAACAAAGGGUCCUCCGCCGGGGGAGAAGCUCCUGCGUCACCCAGAGGAGCUCCAUCAGCUGCGGCGUGACCUCCACCGGGUCCAGAACCUGUGCGGCUCCGCCGAGAAGGAGCUGCGCUACGAGCGGGAGAAGAACCUGGAGCUGCAGAAGCACAACCUCCUCCUCCAGCAGGAGAGCCACACGGCCAAAGUGGAGCUGAAGCAGGUGCAGGGGCGCCUGUCGGAGGCCUCCAAGGCCUGCUCCUCGCUGACCUCGCAGUGGGAGCUCAGCCAGCAGAAGGCCAAGGAGCUGGAGAUGGAGGCCCUGCGCCUGGGACAGGCGGCCAAGCAGCUCCAGGGCCUCCAGGAGAGGCUCCAGCAGGAGAAGGCCCGCGCCGCCAGGGCCGAGAAGAAGGUGUCGGAGCUGCAUCAGAAGCUGAAGGAGGCCCAGGAGUCGGAGAGGAAGGCGCUGGAGGAGGAGGCGGCCCAGCUGCGGGAAAAGGAGGCCCAGGCCCUGCGGCAGGUCCAGGAGGAGCAGAAAAAAAGGAGGGCCCUGGAGCUCCGGCUGGAGGACGUGCACCAGGCGGCGUCCAGGCUGCAGAAGGAGAAGGAGGCCCAGCUGGUGCGGAAGUGUGCCGAGCUGCAGGUGCGGGCCCAGGAGCAGGAGGCCCGGCUGCGGGUCCUGGAGGAGGAGAAGAAGACCCUCUCCAACGAGCACCUCCGUUGCCAGAAGUACAGCCAGAAGCUGUCGGAGCAUCUCCUGGCCUUGCAGCGGGAGAAGGAGGCGCUCCACCAGGAGUACGGGCACAUCCUGGCGCAAGUGGACACCUCCAUCAGGAAACACAACGAGCGGCAGUUGCGGCACAAGGCCAAGCUGCGCCGGGCCAAGGAGACCUUCAUCUGCGAGGUCAAGCAGCGCAACCUCCGCAUCCGGCAGCUGGAGGACGAGCUCACACUCGCCAAGGACCACGCGGAAAAGGGCCAGGCUCUGGUGCAGCAGAUCUCCUCCGAGAAUGAGCGGCUGCUGCAGGAGAAGAAAAAGCUCUUGCAAGAGGCCCACGACCUCCAGGAAGCCCAGCAGAGCAGCCAGGCCGCCCAGAACAGGGUGCAGUUUCUGGAGGAAGAGAACCGGCGCCUGCAGGAGCGGGUCUCCCAGCUGGCGGCCCAGGUGGGGGUCCUGGAGCGGACCCUCAGGAACAUCCACAGCCACAGCCUGGAAGAGCUGCAGAGCAUUGGCUUCUCGGAGUGCCGGCUGCAGAGCACGAUCCUUCCUCUGCCCAACAUCAGCUUUGCGCCUGCAGAGCUUCCGGAGCCGUACGGACCCUGGAAGGCCCCCCGGGAGGUGGCGGAGGGGGCCUCGCUCUCCCCGGCGCCUUCGGAGAUCGGAUACUUGAACGUGGCCUCCCCGGCCGAUCCCACCAGUGUCCCCGAUGAGGAGGAGGAGCAGCCGCCGGACGGAGACUUCCCCUGCGAUGACCACCUGUAGCCAUGCCUCCAAACACAAACAGGCCGUCUUGUUUCCAUUCUAAGACACUUUUCCCCCCUCUCUCGAAAUGGGCAGCGCUUUAGGAUCUCUUUUUUGCAAUACGGUGCUCCUCGGACUCCGCACACCUCAUCCAAACUCGUCUUAUGUUUGCACACGCGUAGCGGUUGCCUUUUGCUUUGUACCAGACGUAAUAAAUGUAUAUAUAUAUUCUUUGAAAUUA